AUGCCUCCAAAGUCGCAAACACUCUGCAAAUGCACCUUCACCGCCACCACAACCCCCGCCUACGCCGUGACCUUCUCUCCCGGGUGCGCGCACUGCGCAGCGUGCAUCUGCGUGCCGUACACGGCACCGCCCGGCACCGAGGACCCGUGGCUGGAGUAUCAUGCGCUGAAUGCGAAGUGUAGGUUUUGUUACCCGGUGGAUGCGGCGGGGAGGAAGAGGGAUCGGGUGAGGGGUUUGUUGGCGAGGUUGAAGAUCGGGAAGGGGGAGGGGGUGAGGGAGUUUGUUUAUGAUUUCUGA